GGAUUUAUUAUCCACUCCGCCAUGGCCAUCCCCGACGCAUCCAUCCACCCCGAAGCCACGGGUCCAGCCAAGGCGCUGGUCGCGAAGCACCAGGCCGAGCAGCCAUUGAAGCUGUAUGCGGGGUGGUUCUGUCCAUUCGGUACAAUCCCUCAAACCCCCCUCGAGCCAACCCUCACCCACCUAACCCUCUCCAGUGCAACGCGUCUGGCUUGCCCUCGAAGAAAAGCAAAUCCCCUACCAAUACAUCGAAGUCAACCCCUACCACAAACAAGCCUCAUUCCUCGCCCUCAACCCGCGCGGGCUCGUCCCCACCAUCUCCGUCCCAGACCCAUCCUCAUCCCCCCAUCCACCUCCCACCACCCACUCUACGAAUCCACCGUAAUCCUCGAAUACCUCGAAGAGGCCUACCCCACGCACACGCCCCUCCUCCCGAGCGAACCCUACCAACGCGCCAAAGCCCGCAUCUGGAUCGACUUCGUCACCUCGCGAAUCAUCCCCUCGUUCCACCGCUUCCUGCAAUACCAACCCCCCUCCCCUUCCCCUUCCACCCCCACCAAAAGCACCGACGGCCUAACCAGAGUCCAGCAAGACUUCCUCUCCACCCUCAAGCAAUGGACCGCGGAAAUGCACCCCACCGGCCCCUAUUUCCUCGGCUCGGAGAUCUCACUCCCGGACCUGGUGCUCGGGCCGUGGGCGGUGCGGUUCUGGGUGUUUGACGAGUAUAAGGGGGGCGUGGGCAUUCCGGGACCCGGGGAGGGGGGCGCGGAUGAGGAGAUCUGGGCCAGGUGGAGGACGUGGCUGACUGCCGUGCAGGGGAGGAGGAGCGUCAGGGAGACGUUGAGUGAGCGGGAGUUCUAUUUGCCGAUUUAUCGCAGGUAUGCGGAUGAUGAGGCGCAGAGUGAGUUGGCGAAGGCGACGAGGGAGGGGAGGGGGGUUCCUUGAUUGUGUCUUUAAGCCUAUAGUAUAGUUACGGAUAUACUAUAUAUUCCCGGCUGAGAAGAAGGCAUAGGGUCACGGUGUAACAGGAUAGACUAUCUCAAUACCGCAUAACUGAUAACAUAAGAAAG